AUGAGCGCCGAAGUUGGAACACUUCCGCUUAACACAGCUCAAUCUUCUUUCAUUAAUGCUCCAAUUUGCAAGACAGAAGUAGCCUGCUUAGAAUCUGCUCUUUUAUCAGAACCCGAUACACUUUUGUUCAAGGGCGAAAACAAUUUGGGAGGCAAACACAUGACGGCGACUUGUGCUCUGACUGGAGACAACGAUUCAAGAUCUAUUAGCAACGGUAAGGGAAAUCGUUCCGAGGGAAUCGAAAGCGAUCCUGGAGUUGGCAGAGUUAAUUCCAUCGAUUCUUCUAGUAUUGUUUCUCCAUCGUCAAGCCAACUGUCUCCUAUCCCCCUAAUUGGUCACGUUACAAGUGGUGGUUCAAUAUCUCUGCUAGAUCAAGGCAUAUCCUCUGCUUCCUCACUAGUCGACGGAAUUACAGGAAGCUUGGUCUUUUCGGAUAACCGGCUUUCCGCAACAAUAUCGAGCUCGUGUGCAUCGUCGGCUAGUGAUCCUUUGGAUGGUAAUAUGCUAGGGGUUAAAUGCUGCACUAACAAUUCAUCUAGCAACUGUGAUACGUUGGCUUUGGACCUUCAAAAUAUCAAGCAAGGCAAACAUUCUUCUCCUAUAUUAGACUGCACUAGGUCUAAUAGACGAAGUGUGGGCGAAGAUUUUCUAAACACAAACGGGUUCAGUCUGGGUGUUCCAACAUCUGAGUUUGAUAACACUAAGGUUUCUCUCCACAAUAUUAGUGGUAAUAACCUACGAGUUGUGCCUGGUCGUCCUUCCACCCUAAAUGAUUUAGUCGAUCUUUCGUCGUUCACUAAUAGUGGCGCUGAUGAUCUGAGUACCCUGCAAUUGGCUCUUUCAUCUGGCGCAAUGUCUCCUCUUCUAACA